CAGUUUUGUUUGUUUUCUUACAUUGGAUUCUGCUUAUAUACUUUGAGCCACGUCAAAUUUUGUAAUUAACAAUUAGCUAGCAAGCCGUUUUUUCCAAAGUAAAGCCAUUUUGAUUAGAAAAAGAGGAUUUCUAAAAUAAAGCGCCAUUUUAUUAUGGCUUUACAGCUGAUCAUGUACGCAAACCCACUUUCUUCAAAGUAACUUUAGAAUUUGUGGCUUCACACUUUCCAAGAAGAAAAAAUGCAAGCACAUGCCUCUGUACUGUCACUUCGAUGUCACUUGUAAAAUGUGUCAUGGACAACAAACUCACGGUAAAAUGCCACCAGUAGUUCUAAGACAAUUGUGAUGCGAAUUUUGAUCCACUUAGAGUCCCGUACCCUUCAAAUAGCUUCAACAGGCGAGUAACCUGGAAGUACCAAGCCACUAAAAACUCCGGAUGAAAUAGCAUAUUCCUCCUCACAUACUCAUCCAUAUCGAUCUUUCUCUAAUUUCUGACCGAUCCAGAGCUUUGAACAUUUGAUUUUCUCUUUGUUUUUAAUCCAAUGGCGUGGGAGGUACUCCUUUCCAGUGUUGCAGAUGUGAUUAUUAAGCAAUUGGGUGAAGCAAUUGAGAACGAGGUUGCCUUGUUAUCUGGUGUUGAGGACGAGCUUCAGAAACUUAAAGACACCGUUUCAACAAUCAAAUGUGUACUUGCUGACGCAGAAAAAAAGCAAGUGCAAGAAGAACAAAUCAAAACAUGGCUGAGGAGGCUUGAAGGUGUUGUUUACGAAGCUGAUGACUUUGUGGACGAGUUCUCCACUGAUCAAACUUUGCGCUCACAACAAGAAGCAAUGACCGGGAAUACACUGGCCAAAAAGGUACGAACUUUCUGCUGCUCAACUUCAUUCCCGCUUGGUUUUCGCCAUAAGAUGGGUAGGAAAAUAAAAGACAUUAGGAACAAACUAGAUGCCAUUGCAAAUGACAGAAAGUUCCAUUUAGUGACUGGCCUUCAGGAGACUGAAGUAGUGACUGCGGAGUGGAAAGAUCACUCGUUUCAACGGGAAGAAGAUACUAUUGGAAGAGAAGAUGACAAAGUAGAAAUCAAGAAACGUUUGUUUGAUAUGAAAACCAAGGAAAACAUAGGAGUGAUUCCCAUAGUUGGUGUUGGAGGCCUAGGAAAAACCACACUUGCACAACUAGUUUUCAAUGAUGAAGAGGUUCAAAGGCAUUUUGAGCCAAAAUUGUGGGUGAGUGUACCUAAAGUUUUUGAUCUGGAGCUAGUUGUCAAGGAAGUUUUUCAGUCGGCACGACAAGGCGAGAGAUCUACUGAUAUUACACUAGACCAAAUGCAAAAAGAUAUUCGAGAAAAAAUAAAAGGAAAGCAAUUCCUACUUGUGUUAGAUGAUAUAUGGGAUUUGGAUAACCGUGAAAAAUGGUUGAGUUUAGAAAAUUUGUUGAGAGAUGGUUCCAGUGGAAGUAGAAUAAUAGUAACCACACGUGAUAAGGAGGUUGCACGCAUCAUCAAUGGCCCAGAAGAACCACCUUACAUUUUAGAGGCAUUAGAUGACAAUAAGGCAUGGUCUCUGUUUGAAAAAUUGGCUUUUGUACAAGAGCCAAAAGAUUCUAUCAUUGUGGAAAUUGGAAAGGAGAUUAUGAAAAAGUGUGGAGGAAUUCCUCUAGUUAUUAGAACAAUUGCAAGUAUGUUGUAUUCCAGACAUGUUGAUGAGUGGUCAUCUUUCAAAGAAAAGGAACUAUCAACAAUAUCGCAAUAUGAUAAAGAUAUCAUACCUAGGCUUAAGCUGAGUUAUGAUCAUCUUCCAUCACAUUUGAAACGUUGUUUUGCAUAUUGUAGCUUGUUUCCUAAAAACCACAUUAUUGAUGUGAAAAAGCUAAUAAAUCUUUGGAUGGCUCAAGGAUUUAUUAAGUUAUCAAAUCACCAAGAACGUCCAGAAGACAUGGGAUAUCAACAUUUUACUGAUCUACUUUAUAGAUCCUUUUUUGAAAAAGUUGUAACUGAUCAUUUUUUGAAUAAAACAAAAUGCAAGAUGCAUGAUUGCAUGCAUGAUCUUGCAAUGUCAGUAGCUGGACCACAAUGUGUUAUGUUAAAUUUGAACGUUGCUGCUGCUGAUGAUGAUAAAAUUGAGACAACAACUCAUCAUAUGUCAAUCAAUUUCGGCUUAAGAGAUCAUCAAAGUUUUGCAGAUUUUUCGGUCAGGGCUAAAAGGAUUAGAACCAUUCUUUUUAAUAAAUGUUCUUAUUCAUCAAUGUUGAGAUUGGGAAACUCACUUGAUAAAAUUGAUUUGCAAUUUAAGUUCCUACGCACUUUGGGUCUCAGUGGACUGUGGAGGAAGACUGUACCAGAUUCUAUUGGUAGAUUGAAGCAUUUGAGAUGUCUUGAUCUUUCCUUUAAUUCUAUGAAGGUAUUGCCCGAGUCUAUUGUAAAUUUGCAUAAUUUGCAAACGCUUGAUCUGUCCUUUUGUAUAAGUCUUGAAGCAUUACCAGAUUCUAUUGGUAGAUUGAAGCAUUUGAGAUAUCUUGAUCUGUCCUGUUGUGAAAGUCUUGAAGCAUUACCAGAUUCUAUUGUAAAUCUGCAUAAUUUGCAAACGCUUGAUCUGACCUAUUGUGGAAGUCUUGAAGCAUUACCAGUAGACAUUUGGAAACUAGUCAACCUUCGGCAUCUUUAUACAGGUAUGACUUUUGAACAAAUUCAUCUGCCACGUGGACUAAGUCAACUAACUAAUCUACAGGCGUUGACUAAAUUUCUAGUAAAGGCGGAGCAUGGUAGCCAACUAAAUGAACUUAGGGAUCUAAACAACUUGAGAGGACAUCUGACGAUUAGAGUCCAUGAAGAUGGGAUAAAAUCUGAAGGUGCAAAUUUGAAGAGUAAACAGCAUCUGCAGUCCAUAGAAUUAUGGAUUGAUGGGAAAAUGGUAGAUGAUUGUGGAGAUCUGGUGCCGCACUCAAAUAUUAAAAGCUUCACUUUAUGCGGUCCAUAUCCAGGUGCUGCAUUAUUAAACUGUGUCCCCUCGCUUAAAAAUCUUGUGGAGUUUAAGCUAUCGGGACAUAAGGAUUGCCAGUAUAUAGCGGCCUUGAAUCAUCUCCCACAUCUGAGAGUACUCCAGCUUUGGUAUUUAGCAGCUGUGGAGUACAUCUCGAGCGAUGAAUAUGAUGAUAAUGUAGUCGAUGGCAACUUGCUACCAUUCUUCCCAUCCCUACAACGACUCUUUUUAAUUGAUAUCCCAAAUCUGAAAGGAUGGUGGAAAGGUGUGGAGAACACUGAAAAUACAAGCCGAUCACUACCUUUCUUUCCCUGUCUUUCUGAAUUAGAAAUUUAUGGGUGUCCCAACCUAAUUUGCAUGCCUCUUUUCCCUUAUCUACAAGAGCUUCGUCUACAGGGAACGAGAAUAAAGCCAUUCCAACAGACAUUAAUGAUGAAGAAUAUUGUGGGACCACCAACAUCAUCAGACAAAGCGUCAUCCUCCUCCUCUGCUUCUUCUGCCGCCUUACUUCCUCUCUCCACUUUGAAGAUUCUGACAAUUGAUGAUAUUGAUGAUAUUCAUGAGCUUCAGUAUUUUCCAGAUGGGUUCAUAACUCUCACUUCUCUCAAGAAGCUGAGUAUUGUAAACUGUUCAAAGUUAAAAUAUUUAUUUCCGGGUCUUCACCAUCUCAUUUCACUUCAACAACUGGAUAUUCAUGAUUGCAAGGAGCUGGAGAUGCCUAACGAAGAUAGUGAUGCAAUUUUGUGGCGACACCUCCAAAGCCUCUCUAUUUUGAGUUUGUAUAAACUUCCAAAACUGGUUGCUCUACCUGAAGGGCUUCAACAGGUUACUAGCCUGCAAGAAAUCAUCAUUUUUAACUGUGAGAUUUUGGAGGCUGUUCUGGAAUGUGUCAAAAGCCUUAAAUCGCUACGGAGAUUAGUAAUCAAAGAUUGUCCCAGUCUGAUGUGUUUGCCAGAAGGAAUCGAUGGCCUCACCUCUUUAAAGAAUCUUGAAAUUGUUAGAUGUCCCAUCUUAUUGGAAAAAUGUCUAGAGGAUACUGGCGAGUAUUGGCCUAUGAUUUCCCACAUCAAGAAUCGGCGUUUGGUUGAUUUCUGAGGAUGAGGACGAUUCUGAGGAGCAUCAACUUGCUAGUAGUGUCGCCCGAUCUCUUCGAUGGCUUUGAUUUGUUGAUUGAUUCACUAAUAACCAAAUGUACAACAUGCUCAAAAGAUUUGGUGCCAGAGGCCAUGGAGGUGACCAGCGCAAAGAAGACUGCAGAAGACUUUUGAAAACUCGUUCUUUUUCUGGUGUGGCUUUAACUGUGAUUUAGUGACAUAUUUAUUAUUAUUAUUUUCCUUCUCUUGUAUGGAUUAAUUCAGAUUUAUUUGUGGCUUCUAAGACAUGGAUUCUCUAAAGUUUGGAACUCCAGAUUUUAAUGCCUCCAGAUUCGCUAACGUUUGGCCA